AGGUGCUUGAACUGGGAUUUGAUUUCUCAUCCUAUGGAUCACUGAAUGAGUAACAGAUGGCCUUGCCUCGUCUUACAGGCGCUUUACGCUCCUUUUCAAAUGUCACUAAACAUGAGGAUUACAGUGAAGAAUUAGCUGACUUAACGGCUAAAAGAUCAAAACUACAUGAACAGUUGCUGAAGUCUGAUCUUACCUGGAAGAAGAUAGUAAAAUUCGUUGAUGACAAUUUGGACAAAAAAGAACACCAAACCAUAAAUGGUGACUUAAAAACUAUAUUACAAGCUGCAAGACAAAUAGUUGGAGCUGAAAAUGGACAAGAAGCGAUUGAAAGCGGAGCUGUUUUUCUCUUUAAGACAUUUCACAGGAAAGAAUGUGUUGGUCAUGAUGAGACAAAGGCGAUCAAGCAGAUGUUUGGGCCAUUUCCAUCGUCAUCUGCUACUGCGGCUUGUAAUGCCACAUGUCGGAUUGCUUCUCACUUCACUGAAGAACAGCUUACAGCCCUCAUACAGAUGGCUGAAGAGCAAAAUGGUGAUAACAGAGUCGUCUUUGGUAAAAAUAUAGUGUUUUCAUUUGACAUGCAUGAUUUGGAUCACUCUGAGGAGCUGCCUGUGAAUGGUGAGACUGAUGCACAAAAAAAUAUAAGCUUAGAUUAUAACAAAUUUCUCAAUAACCAGCUGAAUCACUUACAGAAUUACUCUGAUGAGAAAUCUGAUCUCAAGUCUUUGGAAAAAAUAGAUGAUUCUUUUUUAUGGUGCGAAGUUGCAAAGUAUCUGAAUGAAUCUCAAGGAAGUACCCCUGGAGGGCCAACAACAGAAGACCUCUGCUGUACUUUGUAUGAGAUGCUCGCUUCUACCAAAAGCGGUGAUGAACUUCAAAAUGAGUUAUUUGAACUGCUAGGCCCUGAGGGUUUUGAACUCAUAGAGAAACUCCUGCAGAACAGAUCUCUGAUUCUGGAAAGAUCGGUGACUUGUCCAAAUGAUAACAAGUUCCAAACUCUGCAAG